AUGCUGGGACCCCAACGGCCACCGUGGCCCCCCUCGACCUACUUUGCUGAGCUGGCAGCUCAGGACGCUGCCUCACACCUCGCCAUGUCGACCCACCGGGCAGAAGUGCAAGCGGCUCACACGGAUGGUCAUUUCGACAUGACUGCGCUGGUCAACGCAAUGCGUGUUGACACAUUGUGUGGCCACCUGUCGUCCCAUCUGGUCAAAUUCGCGUGCAACGUGUGGUCCUUUGACCGCCUUUACACCCGACAGGAUGGCGACGAGCUGUGUCUCUCCCGCUUCGAUAUUGAGCUUGUGCUCGCAAUCGCCGAAGUGUUAUUGGCUGUCCACGGGCCACUCUUCUUCAACUCGGAGGCUGUCCUGCUGGCAACCACUGGCACACCUGUGGGGGUGAUUGCAUCCCAUGCUUUGGACGAUGACAUGCGGCGCUUCCUCUCGACACUGCGCCGUGUCCCUUUGACCCUGCACGAUAUGUACGGGCUGGGCCAGUGUGACUUGACCACUCUUGGCCAAGUCCAAGUUCACGAGUCCACCCUUGCCUCGUAG